UUCCAAUCCAUUUCAUGCGGUGGUGGUGGAAGAAUAACUCCUUUUCUCUCUCUCUCUAUCUCCUCUGUUUUUCUUUCCGCGUUCCUCUGUUUUUCCACUCUGUCCACGUCUGAGAUAUUUCCCCGCCAAACUGCCGACAAUACUUCCUUUUCAUAAAGAAUCCAAACUCCUCUCUGUAGAAAAUCCCUUCUGGCUUCCUCUGAUUGGCUGCCUGGUCCCUCACACUCAUCAUUAUUGUCCGCCUCUUCCUCUUCAGUCUUUCCCCCUUCAGAGAAAAUACAAUUCCUCUGCUUCCCACGCAGAGAAUAUCCGAAUUCGCCAGCCCUCCUUUGGUUAUCUGCAGACACUUCAUUUCUUCUUCGAUUUUCUGCUGAAAUUACCCCUGCCUGCAGAUAACCAUUUCCCUUUUCCCCGGCAAUGGAGUUGGUUCCAUACGCCGACCCAGAUUCCAAGCCGGGGGAUUCUUCUCCUCCUCCUUCUUCUUCAACUCUGCCGUGGCAGGACAUGUUCAAAUCGGCCUCAUUCCGCAAACCCACCAUGGCGCCGUCCGGCAAGCCGCCGAAACCAUCUGGGUCCUCUAAUUCCGGCGAGCCAACUAAUAAAGACGCCUCCUUUUUGGGGGAUCCCCAGGUACGACUUGCUCUCUGCAUAGCCAUGGCACACGCCGGCCUCGCCUUCACAAUCUUCGUCCUCUAUUUCGUCGGCAAGCUCCUGCAGGAGUACCUGCGUCCAAUUCAGUGGGCAAUUUUGUGCUCCAUUCCCUUGAGGGGUAUUCAACAGGCCCUCGUUUCAUUUUGGGAGGAGCCUCUCAAGUUAGGGCUCACUGAGACUGUCCUCGCCAUCCCCAUAGCUAUUUUCCAGGUUUUUGUCGGUACUCUCGUGGAAAUUAAGGAGCUUUGCCUUAGGGUUUUGCUGAGAAGGCCUAAAAGUGAUCGAAUUAAAAGGAAUCGAAGUGGGUUUUCCAAGCUAGUGAGGUGGUUGGUCUCGUUUGGUGUGUUUGUAAUUGUUUAUGAGAACAUUGGUGCUAUGGGGGCGCUUUCCAUUUUAGGGUUAGGUAUCUUGUUCAGUACAAGGACUGUUGAUUCCACAUUCUCUGCUGUGUCUUCUUUUAGGAGCAACAGCUUUAAGCGCAGUCCCAUUAGUGCAUUCUUCACUAGAGGGAUAUUGAAGAAACUCAAAACAUUUGUUGCAAUUGGCCUGAUUAUUGGCAUGAUUGUUGGAUUCUUAGUUGGGUUGAUAUUCUUCUCAUACCAGAUAGGUGUUGAAGGGAAAGAUGCUGUGAUUUCCUUAAAAUCUCAUGUGGAAGAGAGCAAUUAUGCUGAGAAGUUUGGUGUGAGGAAGUGGAUGGAUGAGAAUGAUGUCCCUGGAAUGGUGGAUAGGUACACAACCACGUUCUAUGAGACGGUUUCUGACCAAAUAGAUAGUCUUGCAAUGCAGUAUAAUGUCACUGAAUUGGUUACAGGGAUCAAGCAUUUCAUCAUCACUCCUCCAACCAAUUCUUCUUUAGAGCAAUCAGCUCUUAUGAUGAGCCCACCUCCUUACACUGAGAAGCUCAUGAGCUUAAGAAGGAAAGUUACAGACCGCCAAUGGGGAGAAAUUUACAGUGAACUGGAUUCAAUCUUCAAGGAACUGAUCAUUAGCCGUGAGGAUAUAGUCGAGAAGGCGAAAGGGUUUGCCCUCCGAGGGAUGGAUGUCUCUCAACGUGUCGUUGCCAGCAGCGCUUCGUUGCUAGGUGGAGGAGCUAAGAUGAUGCUGUCGGUUGGGAGCUCGAUCAUCUCUGGAGCAGCUGAGGUUUUCAAUUUUGUCUCGAUGUCGAUGGUUUUCUUCUGGGUUCUGUAUUACCUCAUCACAUCGGAGUCUGGUGGGGUAACUGAGCACGUGAUGUGCAUGCUGCCAAUGAGGAAAUCAGUGAGGACUAGAUGUGUCGAGGUCCUUGACAAGGCUAUUUCGGGUGUUCUUCUGGCCACAGCUGAGAUUACAUUCUUUCAAGGAUGUUUAACAUGGCUCUUGUUCAGGCUGUAUAAAAUCCACUUCCUGUAUGUGUCUACCGUUCUUGCAAUCAUCAGUCCUCUACUGCCAAUAUUUCCAACAUGGUUUUCAACGAUUCCAGCUGCUGUGCAGCUGGUGCUUGAAGGCAGAUACGUUCUGGCGAUCAGCUUGUCCGUGAUUCACCUUCUGCUUAUGGACUAUGGUGCAUCUGAAAUUCAGGAGGACAUACCAGGUCACAAUCAGUAUCUAACUGGGCUCAGCAUCCUUGGUGGAAUGACAUUGUUUCCAUCUGCAGUGGAGGGAGCAAUCAUGGGUCCGUUGAUAACGACAGUUGUGAUCGGCCUCAAGGAUUUGUAUGUGGAAUUCGUGUUAGAAGAGCAGAAGAAGAGCAAUGGCGAUUAAGCAAGUCAAAAAUAGAAAGAAAAAAAAAACUAGGUGUUCUUGCUCUUUAGUCUUUUGUGUUUUGAAGUUGAAGUGUAUAAUGGUAGGAUCGUAGUAGAAUCUUUUUCUUGGGGCACCUCUUGUUCAAAUUCUCUUGUUGGUCUUUGGUUUCCUUUUCUCUGGCUCAGUGUACAAAAUCACAGUCUGUUGUUGCUAAUGUAUGUCAGAAGAAGCUUAAUUGGGUUUUGGGUUGGCUAGUGCCAUUUGUAAAUGUUUCGUGUAAGUUGCAACUCUGUACUUCUGUUGUCGUUUGGGAAGAAAUUGCAUUUUUGUAAGCAUACAACUCAAAAUUUCUGAGAAUAGUAGACAUUCACUGUGA